CAGGGGCGGCAGAGCCGGGGAACUGAGGGGAACGGCUGGGGCGCGGCGGGGGGGCGGAUAAAAACGUUCCCGGUGAAACCUCCCGCUUGGUGAAGGCCCGGAGUCACGUCCGGAGAGGAGGCGGCGUGGCCAAGGGCAGGGCUGUCGCUGCGGCGCGAGGAGGGAGCCCGGCGCUUUAACCUCUUUUCCUCCCGUGCGGCACUAAUUACCGCCGGGCGUUUUCAAACCGGCCGCACGUUACACGGGAAAAUCCGCGCCGAGGUGCGAAGCGCAGCUCGCCUGGCCCGACGGGCGCUGCUGCAUGAGGCCGAGCCGUAGGGCGGGAUUUCCCUGCCGCUCGGGAAACCGCAGUGCUCGCUAAACCCUUCGCUUGACCUUGAGCUUCGCGGAGCGUUUUGCGGGAGCGAUUUCCUUAGGGAUUUCUCUCUGAAGCGAUCACUGGAACGGGUUGCCCGGGGAAGUUGUUCAAGGGCAGGCUGGAUGGGGCUUUGAGUGGGAGAUGUCCCUGCCCAUGGCAGGGGGGUUGGAACUAGAUGAUCCUUAAGGUCCCUUCCAACCCACACCAUUCUGUGGUUCUGUGACCGCCGGGGGCUGCUGCGUUCCGCCUCGCCGCGUUCCUGCUGUCGAGGCGGCGAGCCUUGCCGGCAUUCGCCGCCUUGCAGCCACCUGAGGCGCCGCGGAGAAGCGCCUUGCAGCCGCCGCCCAACCCGGGCCGAACCACCUGAGGGCGGCCCCUGCCCCCCCUGACGUCACCCCAGGUGCUCCCCUCCUCCCCGGGGGGCGUGGUCUCUCCCGCCCGCGGGUGGGCGGAGCCGAGGGCCGCGCAUGCGCCCGGCGCCGGCGGCCGCGGGACCCGCUGCGAGCGUAUGUGCGCGCGCGGCGGCGGCAGUAGCGGCGGGGCGGAGCGUGCUCGCUGCUCCCCUGUGGUGGGCAGCGUGCGAGGGGCCGGCAGCGAGCCGGCCUCCCCACGGGCUCGCGCUCUGGUCGCCACCGCCGCCGCCGCCGCCAUGUCCGCCAUCAUCGAGCGGGAGUUCCAGGAGAUCGAUGCCACCAACGACUGGCAGGCGCGUUAUCUGGAAAUUCGACACAAGUCCAGUGACUACCCUCAUAGAGUUGCAAAAUAUCCAGAAAACAGAAAUCGAAACAGAUACAGAGACGUUAGUCCGUAUGAUCAUAGUCGUGUAAAACUGCAGAACGCUGAGAAUGACUAUAUCAAUGCCAGCCUAGUAGUCAUAGAAGAAGCCCAGAGAUACUAUAUUUUAACACAGGGUCCACUGCCUAAUACAUGUUGUCAUUUUUGGCUAAUGGUAUGGCAACAACAAACCAAAGCAGUUGUCAUGCUGAACAGAAUUGUUGAAAAAGAAUCGGUGAAGUGUGCACAAUACUGGCCAACAAAAGAAGAGGAGGUUAUGACAUUCAGUGAAACAGGUUUCCGUGUGAGGCUAGUAUCUGAAGACGUCAAAUCCUAUUACACAGUACAUCUACUGCAAUUAGAAAAUAUCAACAGUGGUGAGUCCAGGAUGAUCUUUCAUUUUCAUUAUACAACAUGGCCAGACUUCGGAGUUCCUGAAUCCCCAGCUUCAUUCCUGAACUUCCUGUUUAAAGUCAGAGAGUCUGGUUCACUAAGUCCUGAACAUGGACCUGCAGUAGUUCACUGCAGUGCAGGGAUAGGACGUUCCGGCACGUUUUCAUUAGUAGACACUUGUCUUGUUCUGAUGGAAAAAAAAGACCCAUUUUCUGUAGAUAUAAAGAAAGUAUUACUGGAUAUGAGAAAAUACCGGAUGGGACUUAUUCAGACUCCUGAUCAACUAAGAUUUUCAUAUAUGGCUGUAAUAGAAGGAGCAAAAUUUAUAAUGGGCGAUUCAACUAUACAGAAACGGUGGAAGGAGCUCUCUAAGGAGGACCAAGCGCCAAGUUCUGAGCAGUCUCCUCCACACCCAACCAAAAUCACCACAGAGAAGUACAAUGGGAACAGCAUAGGCCUGGAGAAUAAAGAUCAAAUGGAGAAAAUAAAUACUGACCUGUCCACUAAAGUUCAGGAUAUCACAGAUGGCAGCAUUGAAAGUACUGUCCGAAAACGACUGCGAGAGGAUAGAAAAGCUAACACAGCACAGAAGCUGCAGCAGAUGAAGCAGAAGCUAAAUGAGACUGAAAGAAAAAGAAAAAGGUGGUUAUAUUGGAAACCUAUUCUCGCUAAGAUUGGGUUUGGUACACUGAUUUUAGUUGGCGCUUUUUCUUGCUGGAAAAUGUAUUUUCAAGAACAUUCCUUGCCGAGACUGACCGACACCUAAGCCUUCAAGACUUGUGAAUAUUCUGCAGCUAUAAACUGCAAAUUAUUGACAUGCAAAGCGAGACAGGAACCCCUCUUCGGGAACAAAGAGUGAGGUCUGUUAAGUACCAAGAAGACCUCAGUUAUCUGUUUACAGCGUAAACUGCAUCGAGGGGAUGAAGACCACCAGCAGCGUGCUACUUUGCAAACCAAAAUAAUUUGACCUCCUGUGUUUUUAUAAUGCCUGUAUUAAUGUAGAAAGAUGUAAAAGAAAUAAAUUAGGAAAUAUUUUGUUUUGUACUGCCAUUCUUAUUGUAUUUUUAUACUUCUUGGCAGCAUUAAAUAUUUUUUUAAAUUGACAAUAUGCUGUUGUGUGCGCAUUAUGUUAGGGAGAAACUGUUAAGAGCCUGUUUUGCAGAAAAAGAAAUGUUUUGCCUUAAGGUUUCCUGAUACCCUGUCUUAACUGGAAAAUGGCAAAAUGAUUAGAAUGUGCUUUAUGCAAAUAUUUUCAGUCAUGCUAAGUAUUGUAGUUUGAGCUAGGAGGAACUCUUGCACAUUUCUUUUGUAAUACACCACUAAGAAUAUUAUUUUAUUAAGCUGACCAGUUGGUUUGGUAAUCCUGAUGUUUGCUAUCAAAUACGCACAAAACGCUCAGAGUCCCUUUGUGAAGGGGAAGUCUUUUGUUAUUGAUGCUUUAAAGGGAGGAAAAAUGGGUAAUCGGAUGUCUCGCAACCCACGGUCAUCUGUAAUCAGUGGGGGCCGAGGGCCAGGUGCAAAGCACACAAAGUGAACCGUGUCUUUAAUUAAAUGGGUUUCGGAUUGUGUCAUCACAGUGUGUCGUAUGAAUAAUAUUUCACUUCACAUCUCCCUGACACAGCCUGGAAAGCUGGAUGGGAAAGGGGUAAACUGGAAUGCUGCUUCAAGGAGUUCUUCUGUUGGACUCAGCAGGGUUUCCAGCCCGGUACCUUCUGUAACGGAGCUGGCCUAAGUUCUGCACUCGCUGACGUUCUCUGACAAUUUCAGAUAAAUCUGAAUUCACCGAAAAAACUAUAUUCAAUAUGACUGUCUAAACUAAUAUGUGGUGGGGUUUUAUACGUAAUUUGUACUUUGCGUACUUUUGUAAUGGGUUUUUGUACAAAUCAUACAGUUGGUCAAAGUAAAGCUUGCAAGAGGGGGGGAAAUCUAGGCCAACUAAGGCUACUUUUGCUAAAAUAAGCACCAACCUGCAAUCUGAACAGAACUUGGUUUCCAGGCUCAUUCCUGAAAGCAAGCGUGUUUGGGGUUGUGUUUAACUUGAACAUGAAGCUGAAUCGGGGGAGUAUGUAAUGCCGUUACUUGAGCUAAAUAUAUGCUUGACACCACCUUGAAAUAGUCUAAAUCUCCAGAGUCUGGUUUGCCUAAAUAUUUUAAUUUUUUUGGAUGAGUAGUAUUGUUCCUAGCCUAUGUUGGAGGAGCGAACAACAUCACAACUUGAUUCAGCUUUCCUUUUCAAGUUGGCGCAGCUGCGAGACCAGGAGUGUUUAUAAUGAGAGAUGAAGGUCUGGCCAAAACCACUGCAAUAAACCCAAUUGUUGUUGAACCCAG